AUGUCUCUCGGAAAGAAAGUCGCUCUGAACACCGGCCACCAGAUCCCCCAGCUGGGCUUUGGUACCUGGCAGUCUGCCCCUGGGCAGGUCGGCGAGGCUGUCUAUGAGGCCUUGAAGGCUGGUUACCGCCACCUGGAUUUGGCAACUAUCUACCAGAACCAGCGUGAGGUCGCUGAGGGCAUCAAGCGUGCUUACAAGGAUGUCCCCGGUCUGAAGCGCGAGGAUCUCUUUAUUACCUCCAAGCUGUGGAACAACCAGCACCGCCCGGAGGUUGUUGAGGCCUCUCUCGAUGCUUGCCUUGCUGAGCUUGAGUUGGAUUAUCUUGACCUUUACCUUGUCCACUGGCCCGUUGCCUUCCAGAAGGGCGAUUCAUACUUCCCGCUCGUUGCCAACAGCACCGUCGAGGGUGGUGAUGUGAUCAUUGAUGAUGGCGUCUCUAUUGUGGACACCUGGAAGGCCAUGACCCAACUCCCCAAGAGCAAGGCUCGCUCCGUCGGUGUCUCUAACCACAAGAUUGAGCAUCUCGAGGCUCUCAUUAAGGGCACCGGUGUCGUCCCUGCCGCCAACCAGAUCGAGCGCCACCCCGUGCUCCAGAGCAACGACCUGAUUGAGUACUGCCAACAGAAGGGAAUCCACAUCACUGCUUACUCUGCAUUCGGUAACAACAUGCUGAACAUUCCCCUGCUCAUCACCCGCCCCGAGGUCAAGGAAGUCGCCGAUUCUGUUGCGAAGCGCACUGGCCAGGAAGUCAGCCCCGCACACGUCAUUCUCGCCUGGUCUCAGGUGGGUGGACACAGUGUCAUCCCGAAGUCGGUCACGCCUUCGCGCAUUCGCGACAACUUCAAGGAGAUUGAACUUACCCCCGAGGAGGUUCAAAAGGUCAGCGCUCUGGGCCAGAACCGGAAGCGAUACAACACACCUUAUGCUGCCAACAAGCCUCGUUGGAACAUUGACAUCUUCGGCGAGCCCGAGGAGAAGGCCGCUGAUCACAAGGUCAUUCUGAGUGUUUAA